UGGCGGCGGCUCCUCCUCCGUGACUGAAGCGAGAGGCGGUGGCGCAUUGAGCUUCGGGUGGAGCUGGCGGCGGUGCGGCGAUGGGUAUUAAAUUUUUAGAAGUCAUUAAGCCGUUUUGUGCUGUUCUACCUGAAAUCCAAAAGCCAGAAAGAAAGAAAGUCAAGCCAUUGCUGCUUUGCUGUCAUUUCUGCCAGCAUCUGCUUCCAAAUAAACACACAUUAGAACCGUGGUGUGCAGAAGAACAUCUCUGAGCAUACAACAUGACAAAGCUUGAAGUGGAAGGGCUACAGCAGUAGAAGACCUCAUCUUUAUUAGGGGCGAGAGGUUGGAAAUAUCCAUGAAUACACCAGCUAUUGGUCAGCAUUGGUCUUCAGUACUUGGCCAGGUUCUCCAUUCUGGCUGGAUGUUUUCUUCAGAGUCACUCUCUCGAAGGCAACCCGCAUGUCAACUUCAAAUAACGAGACCAAAAGAUCAUCGGGAGAUAUGGGGGUGCACAAUGGUUCCUCCUUGUUCUGGUGGUCAGAGUGAGCAAAGAAGGCAUUGAGCGAAGCUCUGCUGUCUCCUGUGUUGCAAAAUUUAACUUUGUAGGAGGUUAUAGGAUAUAGUAGUGAUUUCCCCCAGCGAUCAAAAGGCAGGCAGCCGGUGCUCACCUUGGAUGUUUCAAUCUCCCUCAUUGCUUUAAUCGCUGAACAGUGGAAGGGUUAAUCAGUGAAAUGGGGCAUCAGCUCAUGUCCCAAAGCUGUCCUGUAGCCUUUUUGGCACUGUGUUCCUGCACACUGCCUCUGUCUCCCGGAAUUCUUUCAGCGACUGCAGAAUGCUGAAACACCCAAACAGGCUCCAUCAGUUCCAGAAUCACAUUCAAGUUGAAAAACAAAUGUAAGUCAUAAAAGAAGUGAAGUAUAUGGUUUCAUGAUCUGUCCGGAAGAUGUUGACCAAAGGAGUGUUGUACGCAGGCACCAUCUUGACCGGAAAUGUUGUGAUUGUAAUAAGUAAUGUCACAUUGAACCAAAGCAAAAUUUUUUAGCAGUAGAAUUUUAUAUAAAUGUUCUUAAUAAGAUUAUUGCUUGGAUAAUAUAAAUCUAAUAUAAGUUUGUCCUGGCUCAACUAAUUUUAACUCUGGCUUAAAUAAUUUUUUGGGAAAUGUUGAAAGCUGACUUUCAUUGAGAAUUAGUUUUAGCUAGAGUAUUGAAGAUUAUUUAUUUUAACAGAUCUGUUUAUUUGCAUAGAUCCAGUUCAGAGAGAAAGUAUUGUGGACGGCUAUUACACUCUUCAUAUUCCUAGUAUGUUGCCAGAUCCCAUUGUUCGGCAUCAUGUCUUCAGACUCUGCAGAUCCAUUCUAUUGGAUGAGGGUUAUACUGGCAUCAAACAGAGGAACCUUAAUGGAACUCGGUAUCUCUCCCAUUGUAACCUCUGGUCUAAUUAUGCAGUUGCUUGCCGGAGCAAAAAUCAUUGAAGUCGGUGACACACCUAAGGAUCGAGCACUCUUCAACGGUGCUCAAAAAUUGUUUGGGAUGAUCAUCACCAUCGGUCAGGCCAUUGUGUAUGUAAUGACUGGCAUGUAUGGAGACCCAGCAGAAAUGGGAGCUGGCAUCUGUCUGCUCAUCAUUAUACAGCUGUUCGUAGCUGGGUUGAUUGUUCUGUUACUAGAUGAACUGUUGCAGAAGGGUUACGGACUGGGUUCAGGUAUCUCCUUGUUCAUUGCCACAAACAUCUGUGAAACCAUCGUGUGGAAGGCUUUUAGCCCCACCACCAUCAACACUGGCAGGGGCACUGAAUUUGAAGGUGCUGUAAUUGCACUCUUCCAUCUCUUAGCAACACGGCAAGACAAGGUCCGGGCUCUGCGGGAAGCCUUCUACCGCCAAAACCUGCCCAAUCUCAUGAACCUCAUUGCCACCAUCUUCGUGUUUGCUGUGGUUAUCUACUUUCAGGGGUUCCGAGUAGACCUGCCUAUCAAAUCAGCUCGAUAUCGUGGCCAGUACAGCAGCUACCCCAUAAAGCUGUUCUACACAUCAAACAUCCCCAUUAUUCUUCAGUCUGCUCUCGUGUCCAACCUCUACGUCAUCUCACAGAUGCUGUCUGUCCGUUUCAGUGGUAACUUCCUGGUCAACCUGCUGGGUCAGUGGGCUGAUGUGAGUGGAGGUGGUCCUGCUCGCUCUUAUCCGGUUGGUGGCCUCUGCUACUACCUCUCUCCUCCGGAAUCCAUCAGUGCCGUGUUCGAGGACCCCAUUCACGUCACAGUGUACAUCAUAUUUAUGCUUGGAUCGUGUGCUUUCUUCUCUAAGACUUGGAUAGAUGUUUCUGGUUCUUCUGCUAAGGAUGUUGCGAAGCAGCUUAAGGAACAACAGAUGGUAAUGCGAGGCCACAGGGAGACCUCGAUGGUCCAUGAACUCAACAGAUACAUUCCGACAGCCGCUGCUUUUGGUGGCCUUUGUAUUGGAGCACUUUCUGUCCUGGCGGAUUUUCUCGGAGCGAUUGGAUCUGGGACCGGAAUCCUUCUCGCUGUUACCAUCAUCUAUCAGUAUUUUGAAAUCUUUGUGAAGGAACAGGCUGAGGUUGGAGGAAUGGGUGCGUUGUUCUUCUGAAUUGCCAAAACAUGCAAGGUAUUAUUUGUGGAGUUGUUUACCCCCCCCCCCCCCCCGCCACAUUUAAUGCCAUUUCUGUGUGAACGGAAUUGUUUUCCAUACUUAUGUCAGUCUCUUUGCCCCCACUACAAGACAGCAAAAUUCUUUGUGUGGAGCACUGUCCUGGCUGCACUUGCCUUCUUUAGGUCCGUGUUGCAAAUAGUGCUUUGUCAUGACCACAGGUCCUGGAUACACCUGUUCAAAACCCAUGCCAAUUUCAGUUUACUUACAGAGACCUCAUGUCACUCAUGACAGUGUCCUUACCACCUUGUAAGUGUACAUAGAUUCGGCAUGUCAUCAAAAUCUGAGAAGUUCUAUAAAUGCACAGUGGUGCAUAUUUUGACUGGUUUCAUCACAGCCUGGUAUGGAAACGCCAAUGCCCAAGAACAGAAAAGCCUACAUAAGUGGUGGACACAGCCCAGUCCAUCACAGGCAAAGACCUCCCCACCAUUGAAUAAGUUUACAAGGAGUCCUGUCGCAAGAAAGCAGCAUCCAUAUCAGGAACCCCACCUUCUAGGAUAUGCUCUUGCUGCUGCAAUCGGGAAGGAGGAUGAGAAGCCCUGGGUCCCACACGACCAGGUUUAGGAAGUUAUUACUCUUCAAACAUCAGCCUCCUGAACCAGCAUGGAUAACUUCACUCAUCUCAACUCAGGACUGAUUCUACGACCUAUGGACUCACUUUCAAGGACUCUACAACUCUUGUUCUCAGUAUUUAUUUUUUUAAAUUUGCCCCUUGUAUCUUCUUUUGCACAUUGGUUGUUUGUCAGUCUGUGUGUGUAGUUUUUCACUGAUUGUAUUGUAUUUCUUUAUGCUAUGAAUGCCUGCAAAAAAUGAAUUUCAAGGUAGUAUGUGGUGACAUAUAUGUACUUUGAUAAUAAAUUUCCCUUGAAAUUUAAUUUUAAUAGCAGGAGGAUUUUGGCUGUUUAAAAUUAUGCAUUUCAAAUUGUUAAGUAAAACCAUGAAAGCACAAGGUUUUAGAAAUGUGAUUAUAUUUUAGUAUAUCAUCCAUUUACUCAAUGCAGUGUUUGUUUUCUUCAUGUGUAUACCUGUGGCAUCUGGCGCUGCCUACUAGUUAUUCAAUGCUUGUGUGUAGAUUACAGGUCCUAACCACUUGCCUAUACCAGGCAGCUAAUCUGUGCCAAACUUGUUCAUGUAAAUGUUGGUACCCUACACUGUGGGGUUUGUAUGUGCACUAAAUGGAUCAUUUUAUUUAUUAUGUAUUAAAUGUGAACAUGAAUAGUUGGCAUUUUCACAUGUAUUUAUGUCUAAAGAGGCACAUUGAAUUAUGUUGUAGUGUGGGUGAAGUUGAAAUGAAAUGCCUUUUGAGUGAGUCAUGAAAAGUGAAUAAAUGUUUAUAUCCCAUUCA